AUGAGACCAAGCAACAAUCAAUCAUCCAAUCUAACCCCAGACCUUAGAAAACUCCUAGCUGACAAACGUAGAGCAAGAUCGAUUUGGCAACGAACUCACUACCCAGAUAACAAGUCAAGGUACAACAUGCUUCCAAAUAAACUUAAAUCUCUUCUAAAAAUACAUAAAAAUUACUCCUACAGAACUUAUCUACAAAAUCUAUCACUUAAAAAUGGCUCACUGUGGUGCAAAACAAAAUCAAUUCUUCGAUUAAAGGAAAUUACACCACUUCUUCAACGACCAAAUAACACCUUAGCAGUUACCGACAGUGNCCAGAGCAAUAUCGAUUUGGCAACGAACUCGCUACCCAGACGACAAAUCAAGGUACAACAUGCUUUCAAAUAAACUUAAAUCUCUUCUAAAAAUACACAAAAAUUACUCCUACAAAACUUAUCUACAAAAUCUAUCACUUAAAAAUGGCUCACUGUGGUACAAAACAAAAUCAAUUCUUCGAUUAAAGGAAAUUAUAACACCUCUUCAACGACCAAAUAACACCUUAGCAGUUACCGACAGUGAAAAAUCAGAUACACUAGCGAAUGAACUAUCAACAGUAUUCAUACAACACUCAAUCUCACCACCACCUCUACAUCUUGAAAUGGUCACAGAGUCACUCCUCUCUCCACUACCUAUGGCCCUACAUGCUAAACCUACCUCAUCAGCUGAAAUAAGAGGAAUAAUAAAAAAAUUGGCCAACAGGAAAUCUCCUGACCACGAUCUUAUAACCAACAAAGUAAUCAAAAACCUGCUGGCUAAAACAAUAAUUCAUCUCAUAUAUACUACGCUACCCUCCGACUUUCCUAUUUUCCAACAACUUGGAAAUCCUCAGUUAUCGUAA